GCGCAUGCGUACAUACAGCAAAAAGUAAGGUUAUUUUAAACUGUCAAAAAAACAUCAGUAAACACUCAAACAAUUGUUAUUAUUAAAUAAUUAAUAUAAGUUGAAAAUUAAGAGAUAUAUAAAAUUUUUAAAAAACUAUUUGGAAUAAUAUUUCUUGAUUUUUUAACUCUAACCUCAAAAUCAUGGUUUCGAAAUUUAAGAAGUCUCGAGAAUCAAGAAUACAAAUGGAAGAACAUGGAGUUAUUAGUAAUCUUCCAGAGCCUUGGAGUUUAAAAAUUUUUAAAGAGAAUUUUAAUAUCAAAAUAAUUAAGGAAUCUGAAAAUCAAAUGGAAUUAGAAUUUGAUUUAAUUGGAUGUCAAACAUCAUUGGCAAAUGCAAUUCGUAGAAUUCUUAUAAGCGAAGUACCAUCAAUGGCAAUUGAAAAGGUUUUUAUUAAAAGUUAUAAUAGUAUAAUGCAAGAGGAAGUAUUGGCACACAGACUUGGACUUAUUCCACUUCGAGCUGAUUCACGAUUAUUCGAUUAUCCAUCAAAUGAAGGUAAUAAAGAGGACGAAGUAAGUGAACACGAAACUUUACGAUAUGAAUUGAAAAUUUCCUGUUCGCAUAAUAAACAAGCGUCUAAAGAAUCAAGAAGACUUGAAGAAAUGUAUAUUAAUCAUAAAGUUUACAGUAAUGAUAUAAAAUGGUGUCCACUUGGUAAACAAAUGGAAAUUUAUCCAAGAGGUGAGGAACAAGUUGGAGUAAUUCAUAAAGAUAUUUUAUUAAAUGAAUUGAAUCCUGGUCAUGAAAUGCACAUUUAUAUGCACGCUGUUAAAGGCAUUGGCAGAGAUCAUGCAAAAUUUUCUCCCGUUUCGACUGCAUUUUAUCGAUUAUUGCCACGAAUUACAAUUCUUAAAAGUGUUAAAGAUGAGAAGGCUGAAAAAUUGAAAAAUUGCUUUAGUCCAGGAGUUAUUGAAUUAGUAAAAACUGAAUCUGGUGGAAAAGAGGCACAAGUAAUAAAUUCACGUUAUGACAGUUGUUCACGUAAUGUUGAACGACACGAGGAUUUAAAAGAUUGCGUUUUAUUGGAACGUGAACCAAAUCAUUUUAUCUUUACAGUUGAAUCUGUUGGCGCUCUUCCAUCGUCUGUUUUAUUUGUCGAAGCAGUGAAAAUUCUUAAAGGAAAAUGUCGAAGUUUUAUCGAACUCCUGGAUUCUAUUAGCUAAUUUUAUAAUUAAUUCGUUGUAAAAAAAAAAAAAAAUUCGUAACAAUUUGAUUAUUAUAAAAAAAUUAUUUUUUAAUACAAUUAAUUUGUAAAUUUUAAAUGUUUUUUGUCGAAAAAAAUUAAAUAGUUUUUUUCAUCAA